UGAGCUCCACGUCCACAAUUUAACCGACGAAGAAGAACACGCUAACAGGAAGUCGCGCAGGGAAACAGCUGCAGUUGUUCAAAUAUUUACAAGUUCAUUCAUUUUCGAGCCAAAGUUUGUAGAUUAAAAGCAGAAACUCUACUUCGCUGAAACAUGUCGGGCAGACGAGCUCUGAAGGCCGUGCUCAUUGACCUGAGUGGAACUCUGCACAUCGAGGACACAGCGGUACCUGGGGCACAGGAAGCACUGAACAGGUUACGUCAGGCGUCUGUAGCGGUGAAGUUUGUGACCAACACCACUAAGGAGAGUAAGAGGAGCUUACUGGAACGAUUGCAACGCCUCAAAUUCAACCUUCAGGAAAAGGAAAUCUUUACGUCUCUGAGUGCAGCGAGGAGUCUGCUGGAGCGGAAACAACACCGGCCGCUGCUGCUGGUGGAGGACAGCGCACUGGAGGACUUCACUGGGAUCGACACGUCAGAACCAAAUGCUGUUGUCGUUGGACUCGCUCCUGAUCACUUCAACUACCAAACACUCAACAAGGCUUUCAGCAUGAUUCUGGAUGGAGCUCCUCUCAUUGCCAUCCACAAGGCUCGGUACUACAAGAAGAAGGAUGGUUUGGCCCUCGGCCCCGGGCCCUUUGUGGCGGGACUGGAGUACGCAACAGACUGCAAAGCUACUGUGGUGGGAAAGCCAGAGAAGACUUUUUUCACUCAGGCUCUCCAUGAUUUAGGCUGUAGCCCCGGUGAAGCUGUCAUGAUAGGAGAUGAUGCAAGGGAUGAUGUGGGAGGGGCUCAGAACGCAGGCAUGCUGGGUAUUCUAGUCAGAACUGGUAAAUACAGAGACGGGGAUGAGAAUAAGAUCCAGCCUCCUCCCCACCUGACGUGUGACAGCUUCCCAGAUGCUGUGGAACACAUCCUGAAGAACCUGCUCUGAGCCUCAAGCAGCAGCAGAACUCUGAAGUUUCAUUUUAUUAUACAAACAUUGACUUUGACAAGAAACACUGGAGCCGUCUGCAAUGACUGUAGGAGGCUAGUGGGUUUUAACACUGGAGAGAAAGAAGCUAUCAUCAUCCUGAACAUCCGAGAGUAUUCUCCUCCUUCGUUAAGUGAAAAAUAACCAACAUUUAUACUUAUGAAGUAACUUUAAACAGUCCCUCUUCAGCUCCACGGUGUUGAAGAGUAUAAGUGAAAGCACCAACCGUCUCUUGCAGCAGUAACCGUUGUUAGAGCGUCAGAGAGACUCGUACUCUCUCUCCCAGGCUGUGUAUCUGUCCGUCAGGUUUCGGGCUGAGGGUUUGGAGUGUGCGAUGACUUCUAAGAAGUCAGCCGUCGUCACGGUUUCCAGCUUGAUGGUGGGCAGGUGGGCGUCUUCUGUGGAGGAAAGUGACAGUGAGGUUACGGCGUUUUAUUCAGAUACGCCCGAGAGAUGACAUGACCUAGCUGCGGUGUGUGUGUGUGUGUGUGUGUGUGUGUGUGUGUGUGUGUGUGUGUGUGUGUGUGUGUGUGUGUGUGUGUGUGUGUGUGUGUGUGUGUGUGUGUGUGUGUGUGUGUGUGUGUGUGUGUGUGUGUGUGUUUUGAUGUGUUGUUGUACCAUGCUGAUGUGCCUCCAGAACAUCAAAGAUCUUGCGAACUGGUCUCAUGGCAGCCUCCUUACACACCAAUCUGAUAUCAGAGCCCGAGUAGCCCUCCAUGUCCUGACACACACACACACACACACACACACACACACACACACACACACACACACACACACACAAUGGUGAGGCCAAACUGAGAGAAGCUGCAUUUGUGUAUGUUUUCUCUGCAAAAGAUACAAAAUUCACAAAAGUUACACACCUUUGCCAGGGUUUCGUAGUCCAACUCAGUGCGUAGCUCCACUCCCCUUGUGGAGGUGAGAGGCGGCAGCCAAUGAGAGGUCAUGGCCUGGCGUGCUGCUGAGGAGGGAAGACCCACGAGAAUCCUCUUCUCCAACCUCCUCAGCACGGCGUGGUCCAGGUCCCUGAGAGACGAGCAGCACGACUCGUUACAAACUGCACUUUAUUCUUUCACGUCUUCUUUACCACUCUCAUUUUUUACAUUGUAAAAAUUAAGUGUCUGUUCUCGGAUUCCAGAAAGUGAAAUAGUCAUUAUCAACUUGAUUCUUCAUGCAUUUUAUUUUUAAUGUAGAUUUUCUGUGACUCCAAAUUGAAAACUGGAGUUGAAUCGUAGUAAAGUGAAGAUGUGGAGAUGAUAAUGGCGUCUGUUAUUGUUUUAGGAAAUUACUGAAUGUGCGAGAAAGUGAAAUAAAUCAGAAGGAAGUAAAACCGAAAA